CUGGACCUGCCAGUCUCCGGUCGGACGGUAGGUUGAGUCUCCAUCUGGAUCAGGAGGAACCGAGCUGUAGCGUUAACCGACCGAUGGCGGAGGAGGUCUGACAGAGACCGGUACCGGGGCCUACAUGGAGACCUGAAACCGAACAUGAGCACAACAUCCUUAAUGAUGCGCAGGUCAUCGGUUCUGUUCUGUGUUCUGUUCGGAUACAUCAUCGGACGUUCGGACGCUGCGCCCCCCGUCAGCCCCGAUGCCUGGUUCGGCUCAGACUCCCGGGGAGGCAUCCAGACCCCUCCACCCGGAACCAGGUCCUCCCUCGAUCCCGGACCCGGACUCCAUCUGACGGCUGCUGUUGUUUCAUCCGACCCGAAGGCCUCUAGAAGCCCCGCGAUCAGAACCGGAACCGUUUCCCCUGAAACCGGGUUAAUCUCAGCCAUAAGGGAACCAGUGGCUGGUCCGGGUUCCGGACUAAGCAGCACUCGGAAACGGUCCACUGAGGCCCAGACGGUUCUGGCUCCUGAGAAGAUGCUGCAGACGCUGAUGUCCAUGGUCUCCUCCCAGCGCUCAGACAACGACGCCUGGGCUUCAGAACCGAACCCUGCUGUCACCUCAGCGGAAAUAGGUCCGGAGCCCUCGUGCAACUGCAGCAGCGGCAGCGAGGGGAUUCAGAACCCAGAGGAGUGUGACCCGAGGACCGGUCAGUGUUUGUGUGUGUCGGGCUACAGCGGUCUGCAGUGUGACGAGUGUGAGGGGGAGUUCUUCACCAAUGGCACCAGCGGCUGCCUGCCCUGCUCCUGUGACUCCUUCGGUGCCAUGAACCUCCUCUGUGACAGCUCAGGAAGCUGUGUGUGUAAGCCAGGCGUUUACGGGCCCAAGUGUGACGAGUGCCACCCGGGCUUCUUCCACUUCAGCAACACCGGCUGUCGGCCUUGCCGGUGCAACAACCACACCAGCUCCUGCCACCCUCAGUCCGGAGUGUGCCUGGACUGUGAGGGGAACACCCAGGGAUCCAACUGUGAGGAGUGUAAGCCCGGGUUCUACCGUAGGCCCGGUUCUACCCUGGACCAUGCCUGUGCACCAUGUCCCUGCUCCAACUCCACCUCCACUGGCACCUGUCGCACCGGUGGGAGUGGCUCUCUGGUGUGUGAGCAGUGCCGUCCUCCCUACAGCGGUCCGCUCUGUGAUCAGUGCAGUGCUGGUUUCUACAGGGAGUCAGGGGUGUGUGUUCCGUGUGACUGCAGCGGGAACGCGGACCCCCGAGGCCUGGACCCGCUUUGUCACCCUGACACCGGAUCCUGCCUCCGCUGCAUCAACAACACCACUGGGCCUCGGUGCCAGCUCUGUGCUCCAGGAUUCAUCGGGGAUGCACUAACACACAACUGCACCCGUCCAGCGACCCGCCUCCUUUCAGGACCAGCAGAUCCAUCUCCACCCAAGGCCCCCGCACCCAGCAGAUCCUCGCCCACGUCGUCUUUCACCAGUGUCACUUUGACUUACAUCACCACCAGCAGAGGCUUCCCAGAGCCCAACAGCACCCAGGCUGUGCUGAGCAGCCUCAGCAGCCCAACUGACAACACCACAUCUGCCCUGACGGAGGUCUCGUGGACCCAGUUCAACAUCAUCAUCCUUGCCGUCAUCAUCCUGGUGGUGCUGCUGCUGCUUGGCUUUGUGGGGGGCGUGUACACUUAUCGAGAGUACCAGAACCGCAAGCUCAAUGCCCCCUUCUGGACCAUCGAAUUGAAAGAAGACAAUAUCAGCUUCAGCAGCUACCAUGACAGCAUCCCCAACGCCGACGUGUCGGGCCUUCUGGAGGACGAGGCCAGCGAGGUUGUGCCGAACGGCCAGCUAGCCCUCACCACUCAGGGAAACUGCUACAAGGCUUAGCGUCCACCCGAUCCCAGACCAGAGUCCUGCGUCGUCAGACACCACACAGCUGCUGUUUCCUGCUUGUCCUCCAAAUCCAGAACACUCUGCUUCACCAUAUGCAAAGAGAUGUAGGAAUAUUUUCCCUUUUUAUAGAAUUCAUUUGUGAAAUGGAUGAAAAAGGAUCCAAAGAAGCUCCACUAACCCUUUUGGAGCCAGCAGAGGGCGCUGCUGCCCUGGUUAACUGGGUGUGAGACAGGCAGGUGGGCUGAAGCAGAUCCCGGCACCAGAGAGGACUUCCUGGAGCCUUUCCUGUGUUUUUAAGCCAGAUCACUCACAGUGAUCCAAACUAAGUGACUGAUAUUUAUUUUGUGUUGUUUUUAUUUAUUUAUUGGGGGGUGGGGGGGUGGGGCUGUAGGAGGCGUUUUGAAGAAGCGCGGAUGACCUCACAUGACCUUUAUAACUUCCUGUGUUUGGUUCAGGUGUGUCAGCUAGCUGAGGUGUGAGAGGAGUGUGUGUUUACCUGUAAUCAUUCACCAUCCGGCCUGGCUGCAGGAAAGUGACACAUUCCUGUGUGUUAAUCUGUAACAAUCUAAUCUAAUCUGCUGUUUGCUGCCUACCUCAGCAAAAACCCAUGGACCAAGCUGGCUGGGGGGCUCGUCAUCUCCUCGUCUGAAACGUAGACCAGCUGAGCUGAACCAGUAAAGCUAGUGAUGGAAGAAACUCCUCAGGUGUUCAGCCAUCUGGUACCGGGCCCAGGCAUCUGGUACCGGGCCCAGGCAUCUGGUGCCCAGCCCAGGCAUCUGGUACCGGGCCCAGGCAUCUGGUGCCCAGCCCAGGUGUCUGGUACCGGGCCCAGGCAUCUAGUAUCGGGUUCCACUUCCCGAUGGCUGAUAGCUGAGCUCCAGUACCAGGUUCUGGUAUUCAGGUACCUGGUUCUGGAGCUCUUCAUGGGUUUUCUGUAGAUACUCUCCAUGUACAGGUGAAUGUAAAUAGUAGCACUGGUACUGUACAGACAUGUGUGUGGCACCGUAACACAACCCGACCCAACAGGACCGGACCCGUUCCCUAACCCAACACCAGCCCACCUGAUCCAGGACCAGGCUGGUGCUGCCCUCUCCUCACACUGUUUCUAUCGUUUCCUUUUAUAAACAGACUCUGCUGCUGGACUCCAGACUUUGUAAAUAAAAUUCAGAACCAGAACUCAAAUAAAAA